ACAAAUGUUUUUUAAGUUCGAAUUAUAUACAAAUCCGAAUCCGAAUACAUAUCACUUUAAUCGAAUACGAAUCAAAUAGUAGUAUAUUUGCUUCGAUUCGUAUACAUCCCUACCCAGGACUUCAAACGUAUUUCCAGUGCUCUAACAGCUUAUGUAAAAACAGCAAACGCCCAUCUUAUAUUUUUCAAAACGUUACUCACACUUAAAUACAUUCAUAAAGAUCAACAAUAAACUACAAUCGGUCUAUCCUUAAUCAUCUCGCCAAGGGCAAAAUCAGAUAACAAAGUUCUCUAGCAGAGAUCCCUUGUUCAACAUUGCUGCACUCCACAUGCCCUGCACUGUCCCCCACCGAAAAAGGUCAAUUAUUAUCCUAAAUCAUAAAUAGAUUUAACAAUAUAAUUAUAAAAUUCAUGAAGAAAAAACAAAUUUAUAAUUGAAGCAAAAGAUUCACUAUUCCAAUAUCAAACAUGGGAAAUAAAGAUAUGGAUCAGAUUAUUGGCUUGAAUUUCUCAAGAAAAGAGAAAUAUAGAUCGCACAGUAAUUUCAGCUUCGAUCAACUGGGGAAAUAAUCAUCAUAUCCAUUGUAAGUUCAAAGGAAAAAUUUAAAUUCAAUUCUCAAAAAAAUUGGAUCAGAAAUCUGGCUUGGAAUUUCUCCAUGAGAGAAAACACAAAGAGCGCACAGUAAUUUCACCUUCGAUCAUCUGGGGAAAUAAUCAUCACGUCCAAUGAAAAUCAAACCAAAAAAAUCAAAGGAAAUCACAAAAGGAAUGGAUCAGAAAUCUGGCUUGGAGUUUCUCCGAGGAGAAAACACAAAGAGCGCACAGUAAUUUCACCUUCGAUCAUAUGGGGAAAUGAUCAUCACGUCCAUUGAAAGAAAAAGAAGAAACGAAAUUCAGAAAGAGACGGAUCAGAAAUCUGGCUUGGAAUUUCUCCGAGGGAGAAAACACAAAGAGCGCUCAGUAAUUUCAGCUUCGAUCAUCUGGGGAAAUAAUCAUCACUUCCGUCUCUGUCACGGAUCUAACUACAAAUCAAAAGCAACUAAAAAAGCAAAUCGUGUAAAAUAUCCCCAGAUCUGAAUAGAGAAAGCUCCACUAGAACUAGAGCGAAACGUGAGAAGACAGAAACGGAGAGAGUAAUAUGUUGCAUCUUCUCAUACGCGACGGCCAACGGAAAUUGACGCCGCCGGUAAUCAGUAAUAGAUGCGGCCGACGAAGAUUUAAACGUGAAGAUCUAAUGGGGAAAAUGAAUUAGUGAAGAAGAAGAUUGAGACUGCAAUAAGAUUAUGACUUUAUCUGCAUCACAAAGAGUAAUCCCCUCAUAAAUUCUUUUACGAGCGUUACGUUUAAAAACAAACCGCAUAGAUUGGUUAGUUCCACAACUUUAACAAUCUUAUAAACCGAUAUGCAGGUGGUGGAAGUUGUAGAGCGAUACGAUGACUUGUGCAUUCCUUCAAGUAAAGAGGAUGAGAGCGAUUCAAAUAACGAGAGGGCCAAGUUUAUACAAAACGAUGACACGAAUAAGACAUGUGUUACGACCUUGACGAUCCCCAAGAAAAUGCAGAGCCCGGUUUUUAUAUAUUACGAGCUCGAUAACUUCUACCAGAACCAUCGCAGAUAUGUAAAAAGCAGAAGCGACAAGCAAUUACGCAGCCCGAAAUAUGAACGUGACACAAAGCCUUGUGCUCCCGAGUCCAUGAAUGACAAUAAGCCGAUUGUUCCUUGUGGACUUGUCGCUUGGAGUUUGUUCAAUGACACUUUUGGGUUUAAGAUUAGCAACAGAGAUUUGCCCAUAAACCGAAAGGACAUUGCUUGGGGAAGUGACAGAAGACAUAAGUUUGGCUCUAAUGUCUAUCCAAAGAAUUUUCAACAAGGAAGCCUUAUUGGCGGUGGACAGCUUAACGAAAGCUUACCGUUGAGUGAGCAAGAGGACCUUCUUGUUUGGAUGAGAACUGCAGCUUUACCAAACUUCAGAAAACUGUAUGGGAGAAUAGAGAAUGACCUUGAAGCCAACCAGGAGAUCACUGUGGUAAUACAAAACAAUUACAACACAUAUGUUUUUGGGGGGGGAAAGAAGUUAGUUAUUUCGACCACGACGUGGAUUGGCGGGAAAAACGAUUUCCUCGGAAUAGCAUACCUCACGAUUGGCGGCAUUUGCUUUUUCUUGGCAAUAAGUUUCAUACUUUUGUAUGUCAUCAAGCCAAGGUCAUUUGGAGAUCCAACCUAUUUAUCAUGGAACCUCAACCCAGACAUGAAUUGAACUUCUUCUUCACAUUUGGUAAAGGCGUUUUACUACACCUUUAAAGUUCUAAUUCAACUCUUUCUUUUUUUAAAUAUAUAUACUAGCAUUUUAACUCGUGCGGUACAUGGGAUAGAACGAAUUUUUGUUCAUUGUUUCUUAGGUUUAUCUCAGACUUUAUUCUUUUAGAUUCUAACUUUUACGGUACGUUGUUUUGUUGAGAGAAAAAUAAUUUUUCAAAAAAAAAAAAUCAGUUUAGUUCUACUUUUCUAUAUUUAAUAAUAUAAGUUGUAUAAAAUUAUUUUUUAGGAAAAUGAUUCUGUCAAAGAAAGGAAAAUUACCUUU